GUAUUCGACGAGUUUUGUAUUAUCUCAUAAUAAUUAUCUAUGACGAAGAGGAAAUGACAUCAAUUAGCAACGAAAUACGGUCGAAGAUAUUCGACAUGAAUAAUCGUAGCUGUGAUGUUUAAAAGGCGGAAAAAUCGAAAUUCGAAAAUCACUCAGUUUGAUCAUGCAACGUCGGUAUCUGCUUGGACUUUUUCUACUUUUCGGGAUCGAUGGGAGCUCGUCGAUUGGUGGAUCCUCCCGGAAAGGUAGCGCUUUCCCUACUUCCGCGCCGGGAAGGAACAAAUCAUUCGCUCCUAUCAACGAUCCUUUGCUGAGCCCAAGACAAUUGGUCGACCUCGAACAAACGGUGAAUGCCGUCUACAAAAAUUUCUUCGGCCCACCACCAUCGAAGCUAACUUUUCGGAAGCAUCGCGACGGACACUCGAGCCUCUCAGGCUCCAUUGCGAUAAUCGGGGAUACGAUUUGCAGUCACUUGAAAAGUAGCCUCAAGAAAUUUGGCGGUUCGGCAAGCAGUGGCAGAAAUUAUGUAUUGAAAUCGGCCGAAUCUCAGCCUCUGGAGAUCGUCGUUCUUCAUCAACUGAUAAAAAUGCCACUUGAGAUCUUACCGGUCGUUCGAGAAAUUCAAGACCAAACGGAAAAAUAUAUGAAGAAGAAUAAAUAUGACGAAAUGGGCUACAAGAAGUCGCGCUCUUCUUUCCCAAAUCCUUAUGAAAACGAUCCGAAAAACCGGUGGCAAAAUCUCGCGAUGACGGACGCCAUGAGAACUUACACUACUCACGUCAGUAACUGCCUCGAGGAAAAUAACGAGAGCUCUUCUGGUGUCAAAAAAUCUUUGGGAACAAUGAUGGUCCAUUCGCCGGAAAAAGUGGGCCACAUCUUGCGUCAUCGACUGGAUAAAGCGCUGCCGAAAUCUCCUGCGAUUCCUAAGCACGAGUAUACGGCGAUGCAAGCCUUCGCUUGUCAGGCGCUCGUGAAUGAUGGUCAAAAAAGUUUCGCGGCAUGUCUCGAACAAAUGAAAAUCGUUGACGAGUGUGCGAACGCGAAACUCGGCAAUGCUUCGUUGAAAGCUAGCCACGAUUUUGGUGAAAGAUCAUCGGAAAAUUUCGUCAGAAGUAUCAAGUCCCUCGAUCCAUCUUGUAAGAACGUUCGGGGCAGCAUCGGCUAUUCCGUAAGGUGCAGCGAGAGCCAGAAGGAAUUGAAAAGCGAUGAGUCCUCGUACGUCAAGGAUUUUGUUUUAAGGGGCUUUCAAAAAUCGCCAAUCAUCAGUGGAAUGGCCGAUGAACUUAUUUCCACUGUUAAGAAAAGUCGAAUCGGCGUCGAUGCUACUCGGGAAAUCGCCACUUUGAUAUCGAUUUAUGAAAAUGGGGAAAAAAAGAGAACGAUGCUCUUGAAAAAGUCGCGUAAAAAUGAUGAAAAGAAAAUUUUGAGAAAUCUGGCAGAGUACAAGGAAAGUUUAGCAACGAUGGGCCUUAGGACACUCAGAAAUAUUAAUGAGGCGAUCUUGAAUCUCGAAUCCAUCUUCGACGAUUCAAAGCUCAGAGCUUCUCGACGAAAUUCUUCCUCGAAUGUCAGAUUGGUCCGGUGUAUUAGUGACUUCUUAGAAGCGAUAGUCAACAGCUGGGCCCAUAAAAAAAAAGAGCGCGACGAUUCCAGUCUUAUAAAUGGAACUGCGCACACUGGGACACCAUCCCAAUCUAAAAUUUUCUCCCGUGGGCAGAAUGAGAUUGCGUUACUAAGAGAUUCGCACGAGCGGCCUUUCAACGAAUUGAUGAGAUCGAUGAAACAUCUCAGUCAGUCUCCCCCGCCUCGUAAUUCAUCGCUUCUUGCCAUCGCAAAAACGUUCAUACUGGCCACCAUGUUUUACGAGUGCAUGGUGAUUCUUGCAACAGCGCUUCAUCACGAGGACAAAGGUUCAACGCAUCAAAACCAUGAGCCGGAUAAUUACGUUACCGAUGAGUGGGAAAUGGACAGACAUAAUCCUUUCCAGGCAGGGAUCGCAGACAGUUUGAUGGGAAAAAAACAUAAAAAAAAGAGGGCCUUGACGAUCAACGAGAAUUAUAACGUAGUUACCGCAAACGGGGUACAGAGUAGCUCAUCGACGACGGUACGAGAUCGUGGAAUGUCACACGUUGUGGAGCAAAAUUACUCAAAAUUCUGGUACUAAAUGAGAUAACGCGAUGAUCACGAUGAAAUGUUUUAAAGAAGUUGGAUCACCAAAUAAAAAUAAUAACAAUUGUCUGAAAAAAUAUGAUAUUCACGAAUAAUAACAAAAGAUUUGUGCAAAA